GUGGAAGGCCCUCACGCUGAACAUGUUCGAUGCGGUCAGAGAAGGUGGGGGUGUGGUGACGCAAGACCAGAUGCUGGACAUGGUGGCGUCCAUAGGAGCGGCCACGCCGUACAGCAUGGCCAACGCGACGGGAGGAGCCAAGCACGCCACCAAGGCGGCAGGUCCAGGGAAAUGGGUCAGAGAGCAUUGUGCCGACGGGUUCGCAGAGGACCCGUCUUACGACGCCGAUGCUCGUGGCGUGGAUCUUCCUGUUUCAAUCCACCAAGGGAUGCGCCCGGAAUAUCUCGAGAAGGGAACUGCGGGAAUAAUCGACUACUUCAAGAGGCAGCUGUUGUCGAAGUGGCUGCAGUCAACCGAGCCACUCCUGGUGUGCUACGACCGACAGGAUCUGGUGCCGGUAAUCAAAGGACAAGAGCAGCUUGGGAGGACCGAGAAACUUGGUGUGUGCUCUCGGACCUUCGACCCGAAGUCAACGGACCCUGUUCCUUCGUUACAAUAUGGACCAUGGCUUCGAGCCGAUGGCAAGGCGGCGCGGGACGGAAUCGCCGCCUACCUCGCCAUGCGCGUGCUAGCUGAUGAAGUCUGGACCGGCUACACCAAGCCGAACGGAAUCGUCGCAUUCAAUGGCGUCGGAGGUGAGCCUGGUCUGAGUGCUGAUCAUCUAGCUGGUGUACAUGCGGAGGGCGUGGGCCUUGAGAUGGGAGGGGUAGGUGCCACGGAGGCGCUUUCCGGAACCGGACCACUCCUUCACUUUCGAAACGGAAACGACCCUGCCCCUGGUGUCGAGCGGCAGCGAGGGCCAGACAUCGGCGCGGCGGAGCUCUCCGUGAUACACUUCAUCAUUUGGGCGAAGAAGUACUGGGGGAAAAAAGCUCCGACAAGUGGAUCGCUUCAUCGGUGCGGUAGACUCGGACUUAUGGAUGAUCAUUCUACUGGCGAUGACCACUGGUUGGCUUCGGCCUCGUGGCGAGGGGGCGGUUGACGUGACCGUCCAGAAGGUCGUGGGUGGCGAGACCAAGUUCCUGUGGAUGAACAGAGUAUUCGCCAGCAUCUGCAAACUCCAGGACGGAAACGAGUUCGCGUGGCCGCUAUUGACCUUCGGGGGCUGGAUUCCCACGGACAACGACAAGGUCCGUCUGUUCAUCCUAACGUUCCUGGAGUCGGGCUGUGACUACCUCCCGGCAAUUUCCGGGCUGCCGUUCGACAAGAUGUGGGUACUGCCCCUCAAGAGCGUGCGGACGGAGGGUUUGUUUGACAAGCUGCUGUUCUGGGAGGAGCAGGAUGGCACCCGUGCAUGUCGACGAAUGCGCAAAGCUUUUGGCGACCAUGUUCUUCUACAAGGAUGAAGCGGCGUUUGGCACUGCUCAUUUGACCCUAGCCCAGCUGGUCGAAAGCGUUGACGGCAACGUCGAGGGCUACGUGGACGUGAUCCGCUACGCCAUCCUCCAACUCCCCAAGAAGAAGACGACAGCCACCUGUCCAUCUUUUUUUUCCUUGCGCAAGCAGGCAGAACUCGGUAUCGCCAUCUUCCGGUACUGGCAGAAUGGCUUGAGGGAGACCAUGCCGGCGACAGAGUUUGCCGACAAAGGAUGGCACGUCAACCCACGAGGAAAGGAGAGCGACGGCGACGAACUCACAAGGGAGAAAUGCGUGCUUGACCUGUCCGAGUAUGCUUACAUCGCCCCUGACCGAAAGACAGUCACGCUUGCGUGUGGUGGCAAUCCGGACACGGCCCUGUGCAACAGGUGCAGGUGCAAGAACAAGAAGUGCUCGCUUGCUUGCGGCUGCAGAAAAUGUUGCACCCUACGGCGGGCGGCGCCGGCACCCGUGCGUGCAGGGGGGAUGUCUGCGUUACGGCCUACGGUGGGUGCUUCUCACCCUAGGCGGGUAGAGGGUAUCUCCCGACCCCAACCACCCAUCGAGAGUCGACCACGGCCAUCCUACAGUGUUGCCAAUGCCAUGGCACUCUUUGCUGCCUCUAUGAGGCAGCAGGAAUCGCAUGGAGCGGACCAAACCGACAGGCGGGGACCCCCGAGUCGCCUGCGAGCAAGGACGUUUCCACCGGCGAUGCCGCGGAAUCUAUGAGCGCAGAGUUAGAGGACCCCGAGUCGGACGAGAACGGCGACGGUUCGGUCGGUGCACUCGACGAUUUGAUCAAGUUGGAUUCGAGCGAAUCUGACUCCAGCGAUGGGAAACCUGACGGGGUGAACGAGAAGAGCGUCGACUCCAACCGGAGUGACGGAGACAUAGAUGAUGGUGUUGCGAAUCUCGUAACCGACGCCUGGAACUGAGAUCUGGCUACUUCUUCAGGCAGGUCCGUCCGUGCUUCACCUCCGUUGGAUGCAUCCGUCCACGAAAUACGACGACCCCGGGGUACGAGAUAUCAGACGGAC